AUGCUUCACAAAAUUCUGUUUCUAAUUUGUCUUGCAUCAUUUAUUCCGACAAUUGGAUCCAUUUCCGGAACAAAAGACGUUAAAUCCAAGAAUUGUGAUGGAUCUGCAGGCCUUACGUGCACAUUUCCCGGUGAUUGCCGAAUCGGAGACACUGUAAAAGUGAAUUGUACUUCACGGAAAGGUUGCCCGAAUCCUGUCAGCAGAAAUAAUGUCGAAGCGGUGUGUCGGUUUUGUUGGCAACUUCUACCUGGGGAUUAUGAUUGCGAGCCAGCGACAAAUUGCUCCACGAGUAGUACAAAGCUUCUCGUGACAAAGUGCUCGGCUCACAGCUCAGUAAUAUGUAUGGGACAACGUAAUUUCUACAAGCGAAUUCCAUGUAACUGGUCAUCUGGAUACAGUUGGACAAAAACAAUGAUUCUCUCAGUUGUGCUCGGCGGUUUUGGAGCUGAUCGUUUCUACUUGGGACUCUGGAAAUCUGCAAUUGGAAAACUUUUCAGUUUCGGUGGUCUUGGUGUGUGGACUCUUGUGGACGUUGUUCUGAUCGCAGUUGGAUACAUUAAACCUUACGAUGGAUCCAUGUAUAUUUGAUUUUUUUUUUAAUUUUCUUUUCCAAUUUGUGUAAAUACUUCCUGUAAUAAGCUUAAGCUUCGGGUGAUUUCUGAUACUCUUGUUAUUCUCCUUAUUUUCGUCUUUUUGAAAUUGCCAUUUUUCCAUUAAAAGUAAUAAAUAUU